CAAUGGCGGCCUGUGGCGCGGCGCGGGCCGCGCUGCUGCUGCUGCUGGGAGCGGCGACGGCGCCGUCCCCGGCGCGGGGCUCGCAGGGGGACCGGGAGCCGCUGUACCGGGAGUGCCUGGGCCGCUGCGAGCGCCACAAUUGCUCCGGGGCGGCGCUGCGCGGCUUCCGCGCCCGCCAGCCGCUCUACAUGGGGCUCACAGGCUGGACCUGCCGCGACGACUGCAAGUACGAGUGCAUGUGGCUGACGGUGCGGCUCUACCUGCAGCGGGGCCACCGGGUGCCCCAGUUCCAUGGCAAGUGGCCCUUCUCCAGGUUCCUGUUCUUCCAGGAGCCCGCCUCUGCCUUCGCCUCCUUCCUCAAUGGCCUGGCCUCCUUCCUCAUGCUGCUGCGCUACAAAGCCACCGUGCCCCCCGCCUCCCCCAUGUACCCCACCUGCGUCGCCUUCGCCUGGGUCUCCUUAAACGCCUGGUUCUGGUCCACGGUUUUCCACACCAGGGACACGGCGCUGACGGAGAAACUGGACUAUUUCUGUGCUUCGGCCGUUGUCCUGCACUCCGUGUACCUGUGCUGUGUCAGGACACUGGGGCUGCAGCGCCCAGCCUUAAUCAGCAUCUUCCGAGCCUUCCUCCUGCUCUUCCUCGCUUGCCACAUCUCCUACCUGAGCCUCGUCCGCUUCGACUACGGCUACAACAUGGCAGCGAACGCGGGCAUCGGGCUGCUGAACGUGGCCUGGUGGCUGCGGUGGUGCCUGCGGAACCGCCCGCGCCUGCCCCACGUCUGGAAGUGCGCGGCCGUGGUGCUGCUGCUGCAGGCGCUGGCGCUGCUGGAGCUGCUCGACUUCCCCCCUGCUCUGGUGCUGGAUGCCCACGCGCUCUGGCACAUCGGCACCAUCCCGCUCAACGUCCUCUUCUACAGUUUCCUGAUGGACGACAGCCUCUACCUCCUCAAGGCCAACUCCGACCUCCUCAAAGCGGAUUAGAGCUGGGGUGAUGGGGGGGCACACGUGGCCCUUUGUGCCCCCCCAGAUCUGCCCUGUGCCAAGCA